UCGUAUAUAGUCGUCGGGGAAGGAAUAGCAUUCUCCGUGUCAUGCUCUCUGAGUGCAGGGCUUCUGCCCGUCACCAAUAAACUUUCAUCAUCAUCUUCCAACAAGCUAACGGCUAUGCGUAAGGAAAAAAAGAAGCUGUCACAUUUCAGAAUUUUCUUCGUUCACAGCAAGAGAAAAUUACUGCCCAACUUUUGA